CGAGCGCGCGGCUUUGAGCGGGCGGAAGAGCCGGCGCGCGAGGCCGGGCCGACGGGUGAAGGGGACUCGUGCGCCAGAUGCCGCCAUGCCCGGGGACAACCGCCGCAUCCGCGGGCCCGAGGAGUCGCAGCCGCCGCAGUUGUACGCGACCGACGAGGACGAGGUGCCGGCCGCUCGCGACCCGACGCGGCUCCGGCCUGUGUACGCGCGCGCCGGGCUGUUGAGCCAGGCCAAGGGCUCGGCCUACCUGGAAGCGGGAGGCACCAAGGUGCUGUGCGCAGUGUCCGGCCCACGCCAGGUAGAGGGCGGAGAGCGCGGUGGCGGCCCGGCCGGAGCGGGCGGCGAGACCCCGGCCGCGCUGCGGGGCCGCCUGCUCUGCGACUUCCGCCGCGCGCCCUUCUCGGGCCGCCGGCGCCGCGCUCCCCCGGGUGGCAGCGAGGAGCGUGAGCUGGCGCUGGCGCUGCAGGAGGCGCUCGAGCCGGCCGUGCGCCUGGGCCGCUACCCGCGCGCGCAGCUCGAGGUGUCGGCGCUGCUGCUCGAGGACGGCGGCUCGGCUCUGGCAGCCGCGCUCACGGCUGCCGCGAUCGCCCUGGCCGACGCGGGCAUCGAGAUGUACGACCUGGUGGUGGGCUGCGGCUUAAGCCGCGCGCCGGGGCCGGAGCCCACCUGGCUGCUGGACCCAACGCUGCUAGAGGAGGAACGCGCCGCCGCCGGCCUCACCGUGGCGCUUAUGCCGGUGCUCAACCAGGUGGCCGGGCUGCUGGGCAGCGGGGAGGGCGGCCCGACCGAGAGCUGGGCGGAGGCCGUGCGCCUGGGUCUCGAGGGCUGCCAGCGCCUCUACCCCGUUUUCCAGCAGUGCUUAGUACGGGCCGCCCGCCGGAGGGGCGCCGCCACGCCGCCCUGAAGCAGAACCCUGAGCAAGGACGAACGCCGAGGACAGCUGCCGCUGUCCCCGAAAGGACCUGCGCCGUCGGCUUGCAGACUGCGUGCGCCAAGCUGAGAACUCGGAGCACGGGAGAGGAUCUAGGGAGGCGUGCUCAGAACUGAUGCACUGGACAGCUGUAUUGGGAUGAUAUUUUAAAAAACUGUUCCGUUAAAGGAACUUUUCGAAUUGAGUUGGCUCCCAGCCACGACUCAGGUGAAGAAACCUGCGAAUGCAGCUUGACCCCCCCCCCCCCAAGUUGGAAAGGACUUCAGCUGGACUUACCUGGAAAGUGGAACCUGGAGCUAGUGUCUCGUAAGGGAUGGACCCUAUGCAGGCCAGCCAGUGACCCCCUCCUAUAUUAUUGGGCUGCUUUUGAGAGAAUGGACAAGGGGCCUGUGCUUUCCCACUUAAUAUCUGAGCUAAAACAAAAACUCUUUCAUAUCUGAAAAAUUCUGUUGUUCUUGAUACAGGAUUUAAGAGAGCAAGGCUCUUCCGAGCUGGGUAGUGUGUUCUUGGACUCCUGGUGUCAAGGGCUUGGGACAGCAUUAUAUGUGUCCUGGAUCCCUCAUCUAGUCUUGGCUCCUGGGAGAGGGCACUUGAAUUGCCAGGAGUGAGAGUUUCUGGAUGUUUGAGAUGGAGUCUGGCGAUUUUGUAGGGCAGAGCUGGCCUGUCUGACCACAAGGGUAAGAUCUUCCCUUUGUGGCUCCUGAGCCCUGCAGGUUUGUGCUCAGGUCUAAUUUGGAGAAAAGCAGGGCAGCUUGGUGCCCUUUCUGCCCUGGCUUGGUGUGAGCUUCUGAGCUUGUGUGUCUCGGGCCUGCUCAGCUUCUCUAGGAAGGGUUGGCCUGGGACAGCCAAAGGGCCAGAAUAAGGCUUGGAGACCACACCGAGAACCCCUGAUCAAGAGGAAAAAAAUAUAAAUUUUAUUUCCCCCCAGUGACAUAAUACAUAUUUCCAAAGCAGAUCUGAAAUACAUGGUAUCACAUCAGCAAGAAACAAGAUAGAAAUGACACAAAAAGGAUACCCCUAUUGACACCCAGACAGGACUGGGGGCUUUGAGAGGGAGAAGAGCCGCUGGAACAGUACCUGCAGUCAGAGAGGGCUGAUGGUGCUCCCAGGUGGGCCCGUCCAGCUGCCCCUUCGACGAGUGGGCCUCAGCUUUCUAAGAAUGGUGAGCUGGUGCUGGGCAGUUGCAGCCUCUUCCUUUCCCUGCCAGUCCCCAGACUGUCAUCUGGAAACAUGACCAAAGCUAAAGCCAGCACUUGGGGGGAGGCUUCCUGGAUGGUCUGGCUGAGCCGUGCCUCCAUUUCUGUUGCCCUUGCUCCAGAAUGGGUUGCAUGGGUGCCACUGAGAGGCCUUUGGAAAAUCACUCGAGGCAAGGAAAGGAACCACUAGGGAAGGUGCCUGGAGCUGAUGAGCCUGGAGGGGUUACAACCUUCUAAUGGCUGUCUUCCUGGUCUGCUGCAUGAUUCUUCACCUGUAGGAGAAGCAGAAGCAGGACUCUAGCCCCAAGGGCUGAGAGGUGUGGAAUGGCUGGGAAAGGGAGGGCCAUCUGCUAACAACUCCCAGUCUCUCACCCCCACCUCCCUUUCUUGGCAGCUUUGACAUCUCAGUGCUACUGUAGAUUCUUCCUGAGACUUGGGAACGGACCCAGGACCGCCAGACAGAAGAAGGCAUUUUCUGCACCUACCCCAGUCUUUUCCUAGAUGUGAUACAGUCUUGGGCAGCAGUAAGUGUCCCCUGGAGCCCACAGGCCAGAGCUAGGCAAGUGGAGGAGAGGAAGCUCCUCACUACUAGCCCCAGCCUUGCUGAGAUGGCCCUAGCAACAGUAGGGGCUUGGCCCAUCUCAGGGACCACCAAUAGGAGAGGAGGAAAUGGUAGAGCAGGGAACAUUUGGGCCCUUUGAAGCUGCACAAAAGGCUGUUAUCAGAUCCAGGUUUGGAUAUUCUCAGUCCAGGAAGGUCAGUGUGCUCCAGCUUUCCUGGGGAGUAUGGUACAAUGCAAGACAGCCCAAAGACUCUGGGGUAUCAGGUGGGCAGGGGCAGGCUUACCAGAUGGUUUUUGGGCAAGGGAUCUGGGGCUAUGGGGCACAUCUGUGAUAUUCCCUGUGCAAUGCUCAAAGCCCCCUCCCCACCCACCUUCCAGGAGGAGAUGGUAUUUCAGCCCAGAACUGGCUCAGCUGCCCAGCUGUAGCCCCUGGUCCAUUUGAGCCGACCAAGCCCAAAUCAGGAGGGGAGAAAAAACAGGGCAGGGCCCCAUCUUCUCCUGGGCAUUGGCUGUGAUGGAGGUCAGACGCCUCCCCGCAACCACCAUUGUGGUCUCCCACGCAAACCCAAGUCCCUCCUUUGCUCACAGAGAGGCCACAAGGAGGGUGAGAAUGGGGGGAGGUGCCAGGCUACUCACUGCCUCCUCCAGGUCUGUGUUCUGGAAGCUGUCCGCCUCUGGAUGGGCCCUCUGGCCCCUGGGCUCCUGCUGGCGAUCAGUGGUUCUGCAUGAGGAGCCUUUACUUCCAGAGCCUCUGUUCUGUUCACAGUCCUCUGUCCCUGCACAGGGAGAGUCACUGGUCAGUGGCUAGAUUUGAAGGCCCCAGCUAACCCCAAAGAUGCCACUUGAUGCCCAGCACUGAUAUAGGGAAUCUAGGGAAUCUAGGGCUCGAGAGGACAAGAUGGGGAUGGGCUGGGACACUGCUCUGGCUCCAGACAGCUGCUGAGUGGGUGGGGGUCAUGGAACAAUCUAGAAGCCAAAAAGGUCCUCAAGCCACAGAGACACCCAGAGGGAGUAGGGGGAAGUGAACUCCAGGGAGGGUGAGGAGGAGCCCUGCACCCAGGGAAAGCUGGAGGCAGGACCCCCUGGUACCUUCAGGAGUGGGAAAACCUGGAGCCUGCUAAGGGUGUGGCCUGGGCCCACACCUGGGGGGACCUGACCUGAAAGCUGGUCCCUCUGCUGGUCCAUGCGCUCCACACUGUCCAACAGGCGUUCCACCUGGGCUUUGAUCUGGCUCAGCUCUCCCCUGAUGGAGUGCAGCUCCUCAGUCUGGACUGCUGGGAGAGGGGCCAGAGUUGGUAUCAAUCAGGUUCAGGAGGCAGAGGGCAGUGCUGCGAGGACUCCUGAACCCACCCUCACUGCUAAGGGCCUCCCAGUUCUCCCCUAGCCCUGCAGCUGAGGGCUGUGCUCCCUCACUCACGCUUUAUCUUGGGGGUCAGCUGACUGUUCCUGGGAGCCUUGUGGGGACUGAAGUUGCUCUUGACUCCCAUGCCCAUAUGGGUCCUCCGGAUCUUGAUAGGCACACGGUUGAUUAGUGGAGGGAUCCUCUGGUAUUCAUACACCCUAUGGACAGGAUGGAGAGGGAGUCAGGCCAACUAGCCCCACCUGCUUGCCCAGAGGACUGAGGGGGCAGGACCCACCUACCUGUAGGGGACAUCUUCCCUGUAUAGCUUGUAAUCCAGGUCAUAGUUGCUGUUGAAAUAGAGAUAAAUGAGGAAAGGGUCAUUGUCCAGGGCCAGAAUCCUUGCCUCGACUCCAGUUUAAUUUGGAGAAACUGAUGUAUGCAGCUUUUCCUUAGAAUCCCAGGAUUCUUCACCAUAAGAGCCCCUAGGGACUUGACCAAGGUCACUUUGGGAGACCACAGCAAACCAGCUUCCCCGUAGCUGGCCUCUGUUAGGGGCACGUUCCGGGUGCCUCCAGGUGGCAGGAGGGGGCGAUUGCCCACAGGCUUCUGGCCAGCCAGGUCUGGGCUGUCCACAGGCUCCUCUACCUGACCCAGGCACUGCUGAUCUUAUUCUGGUUCUUAGUCUGGCAAAGGAUGAAAGGGAAGAAUUAAGUCAGGGCUCAAAGCCAUGGAGAGAGCCUUUAAUCCUUGCGUGGGAAUCGCCAGGAUGCAGGGCCCAGCACUGGCAGGGCCAGACAGUCGGGGUUAAGGGCCGUGCCCAGGCCACCUUCCCUUCGCUCCAGGCCCUGGGAGAGAGGCUGAGUCUGGAAGGUCCCAGGCUGUCACUGCCUGGCCUCACGCCUGCUCUCAUGCACCAUGCACCUCCAGGGAACUGGUGCCUAGGAGGGAAGGGAAGAUGGGUGCAGAGGGACAGCUGGGUCCGGCUUGGGCAGGAAUAUCCUGUGGGGAUACAGCUGCAGGCAGUUCGGGUGCAGCCUGAGGCUUCAGUUAAGGCAAGUGAGUUGAGUGGGAGGAGAGGGGCUGCAAGCUGGGGGCAGUAAAGUUUCUGAAAUAACUUUCUGGGACUGUGCGCCCACACCACCAGCUCAGGCCCAGCUGAUGAGGGGCAAGGCCUAUGGAAGCCACCGGAGCGGAAUAGGGAACAUUAGGGGGCCCCUUCCCCUUCAUGCCGUGAGGUCCCCAAGCCUGUGGAUGAGAUUUCCGGCCACCCCCGUCCCCGCUUUCUGGCCUCAGGAAGUCUGGUGGGCGGCCCAGGAGCCGCUGGGAUGUUGAUUCCAGUGGUGGGAGGCCCAUCCUUGGAGAAAGGAAAGCGAGCCAGUGGAGUGCAGGAGGGCAGGUACCCAUCCCUUCGGCGCUCUGGGGUUGGGGUCGGGGUCCGGGGCAUGGUGCAGGAAACAGGCAGCCCCCUGAGGGUUGGCAACGACCAAGCUGGGACAGCUGGGGGCCAGGACAGAGCUCAAGGUUACGAGUCUCAGCUGAGUACGAGUCUCAGCUGAGCAUGACCACUCCGGGAAAAUUCUCGCUUGUUUGGCCCGCCUUGGGUUGGCCAUGGGGGCCCCCUCUCCCUGACUGGGUUGAAACCUCAGCAGAGAUCAGACAGCUGGAGGGGAGGGGAGGGAGAUGGGGAGGGACCAGUAGCCGACCACCUGAGCUACCUCGAUGAACCCUGUUCUACAACAGCAUUGGUGAUUCAGUGGUAGAAUUCUUGCCUGCCACGUGGGAGGCCAGGGUUCAAUUCCCAGCCAAUGCAAGAAGCACACUUUUCUUUAAACACCUCUUCCUCACUUUUUUUCCUAAAAUGACUUUUUAGAGUACCUAAAAAUUAAUGGUAAAGGAAUGGUAAUUCACUGACUGCUGAGCACAGACUUGGGAGCUACCGGAGUUGAGACAAAGGCAGGAUGAGUUUGCAGGUUAGAGGUUAGGCGGUAUUCGCUGCUCCAGCUUGCUGUAGGUAGAGGGUCCCUCCCGGUCUGGGGUCAUCCCUGCUCUGCCCCUGCCCCCAGUCAUCAGCCAGGGCUGAGGCCUGUGCCCUGGGUGUGUGACCUUGAUUCUCUCUUCCUAAGGGGCAGUGGCCUGGUCACACAGGGUCUGCAGUCACAUCUGUCCCCUGGUCUGGGCUAAUGAUUACAGUGCAAGCUGGGACUUCCCACAGUAAGAGAAAUAAAAUGCACCAUCAGUAUGACUCUGUGGGCAGAGGUCAAGCCACCUCCCUCAGUGUCGUCAGGGGCCAAGUGGGGGGAGGUGGGGGGGGAGGGGACCUGGGGCAAUCCUUCCACCACAAACCUUUCCUUCCAGGUUGACAAAUGCCAUUUUGAGACCCAAGACACAAGGCCUGGACUUGACCAGUUCUCAUAGAGAAGUCAUCCAACAACUCAGGGGCCACCAGAACCCCAUCCCGAACCACCCCUCUUUGGGUGACUAUCCAAAGGGGCCAGAGCCACAGUAACAGCCUGCUGCUGCUCCAGACAUGCUGCCCUAGUCCCCAGAGAAGGGUUUCAUUCUCCCCACUGGAGUCCCCUAGGGACACGUGGGUCUUAAGGAAGCCACCCCUGCCCUAGGCCUUGAAUGCCAGGCACCCCUCCGAAUGGAAUCUGAGCUCCUGCAGGACAGCUGGCAUCACUCCCCAUUGCUUCCCUGUUCUCCCACCUGCACCUACAGGACUGGGUCUGAGCCUGCUAGGCAAGGGGGUGGGGCGACAUGAAAUCUGGAGAAGGCAACUGGAACUGAAGAACUGAGAAAGGGUUAACCCAGCCUCAAAGCGGCCGUGUGAAAAAGCACAGCAGAGAACUAUGGGAAGACACCACUUACCUCCCAUCAGACGGAUAUUUACCAAACCAUAUCAACUCCCAGAUGAGAGUCUCACAUACAAGGCAAACCAACACACCGCAUAUGCAGUUCAGCAUCACUGAGGAAACGCAAGCUUAAAAAACUACGAGUACACAUCUACUCAUCAGCCCAAAACAACACAGUGAAAAAGCAGUCCAUGCCAGCAAAGAUGAUGUAGACCUGGCUGCCGCAGGCAGGUAGAGAUUUGGCCUAAUGACUCUUGAGGUCAGCCUGGAGGUGCAGAGGCUUCUCAGAGUAGCCCCUACCCAUUCCUGCCAUCGCACUUCUGAGGAGACCCAAAAGAAACCAGAACCGGACUUCCCUGGUGUUCCAGUGGUUAAGAAUCCGCCUGCCAAUGCAGUGGACACAGGUUCGAGCCCUGGUCCAGGAAGAUCCCACAUGCUGUGGAAGCAACUAAGCCCGUGAGCCACAACUACUGAGCUCAUGUGCCACAACUACUGAAGCCUGCUCGCCUAGAGCCCAUGGUCUGCAACAAGACAAGCCACUGCAGUGAGAAGCCCGCACACUGCAAUGAGGAGCAGCCCCGGCUCGCCGCAACUAGAGAAAGCCUGCACGCAGCAACGAAGACGCAACAGAGCCAAAAAUAAGUAAAUAAAUAAGAAAAGUAAAUUAAGUAUAAAAAAAUUAUAAAAAACCCCCACAAACAAAAACCCAAAAGAAAUCAGAACCUUCGGCAGCAGGCUGUUUACACAGUGCUGUACCUAACAGCAACCACCUGACGCACUGCCUCCCUGCCUCCCCCACUGGCAAGACAGAAACCACUCAUAUGCCCACAGACAGGCCAGGAGCUGAUCACAGACAUCACAGGCUACCAGCUGAGGGGACUAAGGGGCCACCGGUUCACACACACUGGUUACGCCUGUGAAAAUGGCACGUUGGCUGGCAGAAGUUGGUGAGCUCCUUUCUAAACAUGUUUAAAGGUUUCUUUAAAAUUCCUUGAAGCUUUCCAAGUUAGAGGGAAGAUUUCAUCCAGAAGGUUCCCAUUGUCUACUUCCCAAACAUGUAUACCCAGAAAAAGGCCCCGAGCACCCCACAGGUGAGGCUCCCUUUGGAGGACUCACACCCCCGGGUUCAGGCGAGAGGAGAGGGCAUAACCAGCAGGAGGGUGGCUGGGUUGUGUCAGCUAGAAGGGGCCUUGGAAUGAGCUGGGUUGACCCCCCUCCACACACACACACCCCCCCCCCCCCCAGUUUACAGACAAAACCUGUGGCCAAGGGAGACCGGACCUCCUCUGGUACCACAGAGAGUAAGACGAGCAGCCUGGCCGGCUGGGCGGGCAGCACACUGAGCAAGCCUUCUGGGGUUCUCAUUCUGUCUCAGGGGAGCCCAGAGCCCCAAACAAGCUGGUGAUCAGACUCCCUCCCCGGUAGGCAACCCCAAGCAGACUCACCAGGAGAUGGCUCUGCCCCAUGGCCUCUUCUGGCCUGGCCGGGAAGGGCCGGGCUUGGGCUCCCGAGCCAUGUCUCAAUCUGAAAAGAGAGCCAAAGAGUGGGACAGAGCAGGAGAGAGAGAGGGAGGGGUGCAGGAAAAUGGGGCCAAGUGCACAUAGGCCCCGCUUGCCUCCUGGCUGGCCCUUCCCUGCUCCUCCGCUCUGAGGCGGUGGGCAGUGCCCCCUGAGAGGCAGUGCAGUGGAGCGCCCAUCCCCAGUCAGUGGGCAGCCCGACCUGGCCUCCAGACCCUGGGCCCACCUAUUCAGAGCUGGGCUCCAGCUCCAGAGGGCUCAUCUCCAUCCUCAGGGGACCAUGGUUCUGAGACAAACAGUCCCUUUGGCUAACUUCAAAACGAAAAACCCCCGAGGAUGGGGAGGCUGCUCUACUGUUUCCCCCAAAUUACCACGGGAAUCAACCCCAUCGCCCAGGCCUUGGAAGUUGGGGAUGGUACCGUCAAAGGGCAGGAGAGGGGAUGUCUGUGAUCCUCUGAGGAGACACCCGUCCCUGGUUGGGUUAAUUCUUGAGUGUUCUCCUGCUGCCUGUCUGACCGCCCACAGGCCUGCCUGCUGCCAGGCCCACGCCCCACAGCUGCCUCUGGUCUAAGCUCCUGGGCUGGCUGCGUCUGAAACAGCCAGGGUGGCUCUGAGAAACAAAGCAAGCAGCCUGCCUGGUCUGGGGUGGGGACACCCCGCUGCCCUCUCUCUUGGUGGCAGGGGAGUCAAGAGUCAGCUGAACCCGAUUUAGAGGAGGACUGAGAAGUCAAGCAAGGCAGCUGUCUGUGCACCAGUCACGGGCAGACUGUCUCCUUUCUGGGCUCCUUCAGUGUUCACCACUUGAGCACAUAGCUCUAUGCUCGUGGGAGACAGAGGAGAAUCUGCUUCUUGCCGUAUUCCCGCAGCUCACUUGGGGCCUGGCCACUUAGUAGGUGCUCAGUUGCUAUCUGCUGAAUAAAUGAAUGGAACUCCAUUAAAUAAAUUCCAGCUUUUGCCUCUGGGUUUGGAUCAGACCCCAGAGUUUCACCUGUGACCUCGAGGCCCCUCCCUGAGCCCCCCCCCCGCUUUCUUCCUGAAUCUAUGAUCAUCAUCCGUGGCCCACUUUUAACUGCCAAGACAGCAACAAAUGCGAGCCUUCU